AAAGCACUGACACUAGGAGAUUCAGUCCAUUCAAAUUAAAGCUGUUCAACCUUUUCUUUAUCAGAGCGCAGAACACGAUGGCUGCAGACAUUAAGAUGCUGUUUUGUGUUGGACUUGCUGUUGUGCUGACAGGCGUGGGACAGUCGGGCUUGAUUGGGAAGAGCCACGGCAAAGGGAAGGACGACCCUGUGCUGCAGUAUGUAGUGAACAACUCAGUGAGGGAGCACCCGGUCCUCACCAAACUCAGACUGAGGACCCUUGAAGACCCAUGGAAUAUUAUGAUGGUCCCCAGUGAACAAGCCCAGUUUAUGGCAAUUCUCAUCAAACUGAUUAACGCAACUAAAGCCAUUGAAAUCGGGAUGUACACAGGAUACAACGCACUGAGCAUGGCUUUGGCCAUGCCGGAGAACGGACACGUGAUCGCCUGUGAAAUAGAAGACACCUAUGUAAAGAUUGCUGAACCAUUUUUUAAAGAGGCUGAAGUUGACCAUAAGAUAGAUGUACGACAUGACAUCGCCUUGAAGACACUCAAUGAACUGAUAGCAGCCGGGGAAGCGGGAACAUAUGACUUUGUGUUCAUCGAUGCUGAUAAAUUCAACUACGACAGAUACUAUGAGAAAUCCCUCGAGCUCAUACGAAAGGGGGGCAUCAUUGCAAUUGACAAUGUGCUGUGGAGCGGGAAGGUGGUGAAUCCUGAUCCCAGUGACCUCACCUCCCAGGGACUGGAUGCUCUCAACAAGAAGCUGCACCUGGACCAGAGGAUUGAUCUGAGCAUGAUCGCUAUGGGCGAUGGACUGACCAUUGCCAUUAAACGCUAAAUUCACUAUAGUUAAAAAAUGAAAUGUCUUCUUAAUGAUCCAUUGUUUUUUAUAUUAAAUACAAGAGGAAAACGUA